AUGUUCAAUAUUAUUACUAUAAUAUUAAUUUUAUUGACAUCAAUAGCUUCAACAUUUUUCCUUGGAAAUAAUGGUUGUGGAUGUUCAACACCAUCCUGUUCAAAUCCAUGUCCCACUCUACCAACAUAUAAUACCCCAUCACAUUCUAAAUCAUUUGGUGUUGGAAAUUAUCAAGUACCUAAUGAACUAGAAAUGAGAGCACAAUUAUUAGGAUUAGAUCUUAAUAAUCCAUUGACAUCAUCAAAUACUCCAUCAACAUAUGAUUUUAAUAAAGAUCUUAUACCAGACAUUGAUUUAGUUGAUCAACAAAAUGUUCGCCGUUCCCCAAAAAUACCUUCAAAGGAUGAGGAAAAGGUAAUUGAACUUCAGGAUGAUGAUAGUAAAUGUAAUAGUGAUGAUUUAAAAAGAAUAAUGUUACAAAAUAUGUCUGAUGAUGCCAAAGAAUCAAAAAGAUCCAUUAAUAAAGAGGCAGAAAGUUUUUUUAAACAAAACGUGGCUGUUAUAUGUUCAAGACGUGGCCACUACUCAUAUAUCUUUUCUUCUGAUGUAUUUUGUGAAGUUUCUAAAGGACCUAUGACAUGUAUUGCCUUUCAACAAUUUCCACUUUUAAAUGAUCACUCAUAA